GUCAAUUGCAAAGAACCGGACAGGGCUGAAGAAGCUUGGAGUGACCCACCUACUGAACGCUGCCCAGGGGAAGACUAACUUCCAUGUUAACAUUAACUUUGAAAUGUUUAAACGGGUUGAUAUCAGCUAUUACGGGAUUGAGGCGAUGGAUCAAAUGAACUUUCAGUUGACACCAUUUUUUGAUAAAUCGGCUGAGUUUAUCCAGAAAGGUAUCGAUUCUGGGGGGAAGGUGAUGGUGAACUGUAAAGUAGGCGGGAGUAGGUCGGCUACCCUGGUUCUUGCCUACCUCAUGAUAAAACAUCAUUUAACAAUACAGGAUGCAACACGAUUGGUCAGGUCUAAACGAGAAAUUUGUCCGAAUGACGGUUUCUUGCAACAAUUAUGCGAUCUCAAUGAAAAAAUGAAUAAGACUGGACAUUUUGACCAUAAACCAGAAGAAAUCUCCAAAACUGAGGAAAACGUAUAAUGAAGAAAAGAUGAAAAAAAAACAUUAUUUUAGCCCGGUUAAUGAAAGUGUACUGUUGAACAAUAAUUACAUGAUGAACGUCUCGAGAAAAAUACAGGAUUUACAGGAAUCGUUUAUGAAAUUGUUUACCUGUUCAACAGUUCUGUUCGGAAUAAUAUACUGAUGAAGCUACCGACAGCAUCUACACAAUUCUCAGUUUAACCCAUCAACAAUUUACCAUGUCACGGACGCUAGAGUUGAAAAUGUUUUUCUCGUGAGUUUCGUAGGCUUUAACAACCAAUAAGUCGUAGGAAUUGCAAACAUUAUCAUCUCCUCAUUUGAAGAGUUCAAUGUAAUGCAAUGGUCACGUCUCGUCUACUAAAAUAUUCUUUCUACCAGAACA